CACAGCUUGUUGGCAGACAUCUCCAUUACCAUGGCUCUGCUUGCACAGUGCCAAAGACUCAUCCUCUUUACGCUUUUGCUCUCAUCUGCUAUGCUCAGUCAAGUAAUUAAAGCAGAUAGUCCGGGUUUACGGAGCUUCUGGUUUUAUUCUAAUGGUACUACCAAUGUACUGAAUGAUUCAGCAAAGAGUCAUCUGACCAGUUCCAUUACCACAGUGAUGAUUCCGGUUAUUUCAAGCAUCAUCCUGAUUAUUGGGCUCCCGGCCAAUGGGCUGGCCCUUUUAGUUCUGGCCACCAAGGUCCAACGAAUGCCUUCCACUAUCUUCCUGAUGAACUUGGCCACAGCUGACCUUCUCCUGAUCCUGGUGCUGCCGUUCAAAAUCCACUAUCACUUUCAGGGCAACAACUGGCUCUUUGGCGAAGCGCUGUGUCGGAUGAUAACCGCCUUCUUCUAUGGGAACAUGUACUGCUCCAUCCUGCUCCUCACCUUCAUCAGCAUCGACAGAUACUUUGCUCUGGUCCAUCCAUUUUACUCCAAAGGCUUCAGAGACAAUAGGCUUGCUGUGGGUGCCUGCUUCAUGAUUUGGGCUUUUGUUGGACUCAUUAUGAUACCGUUUCUUCUCCGGAAGCAGGUGCACUCAUUCCAGGACCCAGACAUCACAACCUGCCAUGAUGCCUUGCCAGAAGAGUUGGAUUCUGAUUACUUCUUCUAUUAUUUUGUGUGUUUGAUUGCUGUUGGGUUUCUCAUUCCUUGUCUCAUUACUAUAUUUUGCUACGUGUCUAUAAUCAGGGCAUUGCUCAUUAGUGACGAGCCAUUUGGUCAAGCUAUAAGGAACAUGGUGUUGGUGCUGGUCGUGUAUGUGGUGUGUUUUGCCCCGAGUAAUAUCAUCCUACUCAUUCACCAUUCUGGCCUUCACUUCAUAGACACCAAUCACCUCUAUCUGUAUUACAUGACCUGCCUAAUGCUCAGCACCCUCAAUAACUGCAUUGACCCAUUCAUCUACUACUAUGUCUCUGAUGAGUUUCGGAAUAAAGUGAGAAGUGCAGUCUUUUCCAUGAAAAUGAAAAAUGACAAUUCAAGAAAAACAACCCAGCCACUGGUCCAGUCCAGCUCCUCCUCAGCAGCUGACAGUAAGACAUCAAGCAUCUGACCCAAUGUUUGAGCACAAGACUAACCAGUUAACCAGAGUAAUUUUUGAAGCAAAGCUCUCGAUGGCUUGAAUAUCAGAUACAAGAAACUCUAAUAUGGUGUUAUAAUCUUCUGAAAGGUUAAUCAAUUCUGAUCUCGACUAACGUUUGGUGGUUAGACACUAAUCACUAAUCUCACUGCAAUAAGUAAGGGUGAAUUUAGAAAAAAUCUCCCAUUAGAUUAGAAGUGCGAUUAAAGGUGAGGUUCACAUAAUAUAGGCUUUGAGUCGACAAAUUGCAGACACCAACAAGUAAUGUGCAGGUGGACGUGAAUAGGAUAUGGUGAACUGCGUAACCACUGAUACACCACUCAAUGUGGUCAAGUGAAGUGGUGGAGAAAAAAAGCAGAGUUUCCGAUGUUUAGGAUUGAUGCAGGUCAUUAAUGACGUGCACAGGAUGACAUAAACCUCAUGACUGUCACUGAAAGAGCCAUCGAAUCAUAGCAUCAUAGAAACAGGCCAUUCAGCCCACCAUGACCAUGCUGACCAGUGGGCAUCCAUCUGUAUUUAUCCCAUGUUCCAACAGUUGGUCCAUAGCUUCCAUGCCUAGGUGAUUAAAGUGCUCGUCUCAAACUUAAAUGCUGUCAGCAACUCUUCUCCCUCCAACGGUGUAUUCUGAUACUCACCAUUCUCUGGGUGAGAAAGGUCCCCCUCAGAUCCCCUCUAAAUCUCUUAUCCCUUACCCUAAACCUAUGUCCUCUAGUUUUAAUCACCUCUGAUAAAGGGAAAAGUUUCCUUCAGUCUACCCAAUAUACAUACUUCAUAAUUUUAUAUACCUCAAUCAUGACUCUUCUUAAUUAUUCCAGGGAAAACAGACCUUACUUCUCCAUUUUCUCCUCAUAACUAAAAUGGUCCAUUCCAGGCAACAUCUGUUCUGCACCUAAUCCAGUGUUGUUGCAUCUUUCCUACAGAGUGGUAUGCAGUACUCCAGAUGAGGUCUGACAAAUGUUUUAUAAAAUUGGAGCAUAACCUCCCUGCUCUUGUAUUCAAUGUCCAAAUCUUCCAUUUCUUAGCGCAUUUCACCAUCACAUCAAUAUCACCCUGUAGCCAAACACUACCCUCUGCACUGUCAACAACUCCACCAAUCUUCAUGUCAUCUGCAAGUUUACUGAUCAUGUCUCCUACAUCCACAUCCAAUUCAUUCACAUACUGUAUAUUACAAACAGCAAGAGUCCCAGCACCGAUCUCUAUGGAACACCACUAGUCAAGACAUCCAAUUACAAAAACAACCCUAUACAAUCACCCUCUGUCUUGUGUUGCCAAGCCAUUUUUGGAUCCAGUUUAGAAUCCAAAAUACCAAUUUGCCCUGGAUCCCAUGGCCCUAACCUUCUGGAACAGUCUCCCAUGUGGGACCUUGUUGAUGGUCUUACUGAAGUCCAUGUAAACCAUAUCUACUGCACUGCCUACAUUAAUACACUUUGUUACCUCCUCAAAAAAUUCAGUUAGAUUGCUCAGACAUUAUCUGCCCUUGACAAAACCAUGUUGGCUAUCUCUGAUUAUUCCUUGCCUUUCCAAUUGAUCAUUUGUCCUGUCUCUCAGAACUUUUUCCAAUGAUUUCUCAACAAUUGAUGUUAGGCGGUACAAACUGUAAUUGUUCUAAAUGCUUACAUGCCUUUUUUUUUAACUCAGGUGCUAACCCAACUGAAAUAGAAGAAUAUAGGGAAAGUAACUGUAAAAGAAAUCUGCCCAUUAACUUCAGUGUGAAAAAAAUUGUGAGAUGUUAGGAGAUGUAUUGAAAGUGAAUGAAUUUCACUCAGUUGUGUUGUGACUCAUAUACACACUUGCCAUGUCCAAAUAGUGACCUCCAGUUUGUGUGGCAGUGGCCUCUUUCACUGCAGUGUUACACUGCAGCAUGUCUAGCCAAGGACAGUAGUAGAGGGAGGUGUCUGUGUGGACUAUGGUGAGCUGCAGAACAUAAGAACAUGCAACAUGGAAAAUAGGAGCAGGAGUUGGCCAUAUGGCCACUCAUGCCUGCUCUUCCAUUCAAAAAGAUAAUGGCUAAAUCUGAUCCAGGCCUCAACUCUUCUUCACUGUUUGAUCCCUAUAAUCCUGAAGGAAAAUACCACUCUUGGCAUUUGGAAGGAAUUGGAAUGCAUCUUACAUUCUGUACCAUAACGUGGAACAUUGGAGGCCUUCCUCUGGUUUUCCAUCCUCAUCGCAAAGGCAUGUGCAUUGGUAGGGGGUUAAUUGCCUAGUGUGGUGCCAAAAUCCAGGGGCAGUUGAGAGUCAUGUGGAGAGAAUAAAAUGAUAUUAGCAUAGGAUUAGUGUGAAGGGGUGUUUGAUGGUUGGCACAGACUUGGUGGUCUGAAGGGGCAACUUCCAUGCUGUAUGACUCUAUGAUUCUAUGAUACAAGUUGUACAGAGUGUGGUUGUUCCUGUCACUCCAGAUAGUCAGUACCUUAGCUCAUUUGUGUUUAUCUAUGAGUUUGAGAGUAUGGUUUGUUAUUCAACAGAGGAAUAUUGCCACUUUGUUCCAGGCACUGGUUUUCUCAAAGGAUUUUCCUUGACUUCAGAAGGCAGGAGAGUAUUGUUUCUCAAGGCCUUGAUUUAAACUGUAAGCCAUACAUUUCUUAAAUAGUAAAAGCAAAAAUGGUGAAAGGUCUAGUUGCUAUGCCGAGGGAGACGAGUGAUGAAAUGCUCCCUUCAAGAACUGAUCAUGUCAGGGGUUGUCAGCAUGGGUUCCAUUACAUGUUCAGUGUCAGCAAAAGCUUUCAUCCUCAUGGAGACCCAGAGAUUAGAAAAGGUCUCGUCAGUUUAACCAUAAGCUAGAAAGAAUAAUAUGUUAAUUAGGAAUAUCAUUCUAGGGAACUACAUCAUCGCUUUCAUUUAUCUAUGUAAUGCAAAAUUUGUGGAUUUUCAAAUGCGGCAAAAUGUAUCAAAUUGCCUAUUUGUAAUGAACGUUUGAAUUUAUUACUUGGCUCAGAAUUGUAACUAUUAUCACGCAACCAUCAUUUGAUGUAAGCUAUUAAUUGUAAGUUAAACAUUUUUACAUGUACUGUCUCUUUAAUAAAUCCAUGAUAUUUGAUUUUCAGAGUAGAAGAAACUUAUUGAUUCAAGGAGCAAGUUACAAAUCAGCGCACUUUCAAUAACACUGGCUGAAUGGUGCCAUCAGUGAUACGCUAGUCUUUGGCUCUGGUAGAAGUAAGGCCUGUCCAGUUGCUCUCUUCUUCCCAGAACUUUCGUUUACUGAUUUACAGGGUGUAGAUGUCAUGGAUAAUGGCAGCAUUUAUUGUCCAUCCCUCGCUGCCACUGAACUGGGGAGGCUGCUAAACAUCAAUCACAUUGGUCAGCCAGACUGGGUGAGGAGGGCAUUGAAAGACGUUAGUGAACCAGUCACCAUCUGGUAGUUUCAUGGUUAUCAUUGCUGAGAUAAGGUUUAAUUCCAUUUACUUAAUUACCUGAAUUUAUUUCCCCAGCUGUGUGGUGGGAUUAAAACUCAUGGCUCUGGAUCCAUGGUACAGUGCUCUGGCUGUGAGUACAGUAACUUAACCAUUACACGACUGCAGUGAUAAAAAUGUAGCCACCAACAAGUCAGGCCA